CUAUGGUUUCAACGGAAAUUCGAUUCAUUCAAUUGCAUAUGCAACAGUUGCUUUUGAACUUGUUGAAACUUGAAACUAAAUUGAAUAUAAAAAUAUCGACAAUGUUUCCCAAAAUGAAUUAUUUAUUACUAGUGCUUAUGUUUGUUAUGUUAUGUUUUCAAGAGUCAACAGCAGGUUUGAAUGAUUACAUAAAAUAUUAUGGAAAGUAUUUUGGUUACUUUCCAAACGAGGAAGUUGUGAAUUUCAACCAAAAUAUUCCUUAUGAAGUUGCAAAAUUGGAUGAAAAAUUCAUAUCAGAAGCUGCAAAAUUGACUGGUAUUGCCCUUUCAGAGUUAGAUUCCUGUCAGCAAAGGGUCAUUCUCAAAUUAAGAACAGAUUGUCACAAAUUGAAUGAUGAGCAGCUUGCUAAACUUUCUGUUCAUCUUUUAAAUUGCCAGUCUUAUGUGGAGGGUAGGCAGACUUAUCCUUGUACAGAAGAAAUGAGCAUUAAAGAAUGUACAACUACUAUGGACUCUGAUACAUGGACAAUUUACCAUUUGAUGAGCAACAGAGCAAGAGCAGUUUGCUAUAUGAUAAGACAAACGCAAUUCAGAGGUCUAGCUGAAAAAACUGUUAAUAGCCUUAUGAAUGCUGCUAAGUAUCAAAUUAAUACUCUUGAUAAAAUAAAGGUGAAUCAAGAAAAUUUACAGACCAUGGCUUCUGAUACAUUUGAUACUCUAUCAAAAGGACAUGAUGUAUUAUCGCAACAACAAAAAGAUUUACAUUCUGCUCAGUUCCAUGGGCAACUAGCGAUAGAGCAAAAUAUUGCUCGUCUUGUAGAUGAGAAAAGAAUUAUUGCUGAAGCUCAUAAUGAACUGAUUUCUCUCAGUAAAGAUUUACAAGAGAAGAUAGGAGAUUCUAGAAAUCAAUUACAAAUACAAAGUAAUGAGAGUAAAAUGAAUCAUCAAGAACUAAUAAAUGAUUUGAUUACUCUUCAAGAACAGACUCAAAAAAUCUUCAAAAAAAUUGAAGAAUCAAGUCAGUUGCUUUUAACUCAGUCUAAAGAAUUCAAGGAUCAAUAUGACUACACUUUGAAAAAUUUGAUAGAGGUUAACAAAACUGUGCAUAAUUUGGUAUCUUUAGUUGGUGGAACCAAAAAAGCUCUUGAAGAACAACUACACUGGGUAUCUACUGCCUUAGGAGGAACUGAUUUGGCUAUUGAGCGAUUAUAUCUAAUAAUGUGGCAUUUGGCCUUCUUUAUUUUGGGCAUGAUUGGAAGUGCCUUUUUGGAUGUUCAAUUAGGCAUAAGACUUAUUGUUAUAUUAUUACCUUCAUUUAAUUUAGCUAUUGGACUCUAUGGACAACACCAACAUCUUGAUCCACUCUUUUUACUAGCAGUUAUGGGAUUCUUAGCUUUGGUGCAAGUAUUAAUAUCCUGGAUAUCAAGUUAUAAGAGAUCAUCUAAAUCUAACCAACUGAUGCUAAAGCAGGAAGAAAUUCCCGAUUCUAGCUGUACUUCAGAAAAUAAUCUGAGCCCCGACAUCAAUAAAAGUUCUAGAUACCCUGAUGUAUCAGCUUCUGAAUAUUACUAUUCAUCUAAGGACUUAGUAGAUCAACCUAUAUCUGAGGAUUUCAAUGACUUUGGUGCACCCACCCCACCACUUUCCAGAAGUGGUUAUUAUGGAUCGAGAUCUAGGAGUAGAACUCCUAAUCUCUUGGGGGGUAAAGGAUCCUGUCAUGCCAAAACAAGAGUGGGAACACCUUGCAAAUUGUCUUGUUUGCCUGGUAGAGAUUUUUGUCAUAGACAUCAAGCUGGAGAUUCCAUUGCAGGAAGAUAAUAGUUAAUAAAUUAAGAUACUGUUCUGAAAAAACUAUUUAUCAACUGAGUUGACUAUAGUUUGGUCUAAUUGGUUUUGUUUGCAACUCCAGUGGGCAUCUCUUUGGUUGUAGAUUAAUUUAUCCAAAUUGUUCAGAGAAAUCCAUUGUCAAGUUACAAUAUACCAUUCGGACACCACUGAAGAUGCCGCAGUUGCAAACUGCAAAUGUUAGAUAAAAAACCAAUUAGGCCACAGCUAGAAAGCUUGGAAUUACCUAAUUCUAUUGAACAAUCCAUCCAUGAAAGUCUUCAGCAGAGCUAUUUAUAUUUGUAAAUUGUUUAAUUUGGGAUUCUUUAGUUUUAUGCUACAAGAAAUUCGUAUUUUAAAAUUAAUUUUUUAAUCGAAAGUGUUUUCAGACAUUAUAUCAGGAAAUUAUCAUAUAAUUCUUAAUAUUGAUUUUCUGAAUUGCACAGAAGAUGGUUUCCUUUCUUUUGAAACUGCUCAACAUGGAAAAAAUUCCAUUCUAUUCAAUUUAUUAUUUAUUUAUUUAUAGUGGGUGGGUGCUUUCAACUCACAUGUGGUACUGAAUGGUUAUAAUUUAUUUUUUUUUUUCUUCGUAUAUUUCAAUAUUAUUCUUCACAUGUUCAACUUGGUAUGUGGGAAAUAAUUUUUAAAUAGUUUUAUCUACAAUUGACUUUUGAAUUUAAUACUUGGUUUUAAAUAUUUUCUUGUAUCAGUCAAUAGAUUUUUAAGGUGACAUACUUGUUGGAGUAGUUGUUGAGGUGAACUAGUCAAUUAUGGGUAGUGAUAUUGUGAUAUAUUUCGAAUAUAGUGAAAAUAAAUCAUUUUGAAAAUAUA